AUGUCACUGGCAGUGCUUUCAAGAGAUACUGAUGGUCAAGGAUGUCCAUUUUGUCGAUGUGAAAUUAAGGGUACAGAACAAGUAGUGGUUGAUCCCUUUAAUCAAACCAGACAUGUUCAUAAUGAUGUUGAUGAUGAAGAUGUUAUUGGUGGUACAACAAAUUUACAUGCCUUAGCAGUUAGUCCCAGAGAUAGGUCUCGAGAUAGAAGUUCACCAUUUGAAUCUCCUCAUGCAAAUAAAAGAAAUUUACCCCCACCUGUACCACCUAGAGCUGUUUCUCCUGUACCCUCACCAGCUUCUUCACCACAACCUAUGGGAAGACGUCAAUUACCACCAACGCCACCUGAGGGAAGGACAGGUGUAUCUUAUGCCGAGUUACGUUAUGACUCAACUAGUAACCUACCAAAGAGUACUUCUACUAGUAUCAGUGGCCUAGUAAGCAGUACCAAUACUGAUUCUAUAUAUGAUAAUCCUAUGCCAGGCGUCCAUCCUGUAAAUAGCACAGCCCCUCACUCAUCGUGUUCAAAUUCUUCUACGACUAAUAGUCAAGGAGGAAAUGCCAAAAAAUUCCGAAUUCCCAGCGAGUAUGCUGUACCACCUUGUUUUGAAAAUAGAAGAGCAGAUAGCACUGAAGAUGAGUCCAAAGUACCAGAACAGCCACCGCCUAGAAGAGAAGGUUUGCGAGAAAUACAAGAAAUAAAUAACAAGGAAAAUACAGAUACAUUAUCAAGUAUCAACGAAGAUUAUGUUGAACUCUUAGUCGGGCGUGGCUUUGAAAAACUAAAAGUUCUCGAUGCUUUGAGAGUUUCUAGGAACAACCUGAAAAUGGCAGAAGAAAUUUUAGAGACAUUUGUCAAAAGUAAUCGAUGA